AAAAAAAAAAAAAAAGGAGAAAAAAAAAAAAGAAAGAAAAAAAAAGAUUAAAAAAAAGGGAGAGGGAGAGAGAGAGAGAGAGAGGAGGGAAAAAAGUAGGGGAAAAAAUAGUGCGAGCGAGCACAAUCUGAUCAGAUCAAGCACUUUCAGCUUCAUCCCUCCUGGGUCACAUACUGCUUCUCCACCAAGGUGAUCAAAGAAGAGAAACAUCUGCAACAGAGCGGAAGAAACGAGGGGAUCCUGCUUCGCAGAGAAAUUUUUCCCCCGAGAUUUUUUUUUUUAUUUUCCCUUUUUUUUUUUCCUCCUUUUUAUUUUAUUAUUCCUUUUUUUUUUUUUUUUUUUUUUUUUUUUUUUUUCUGGAAUCGAUCAUUUAUCACCAUACCCCCAACUCCCCCUCCACUCUAAACCAAAACAUCCCCAAACUCGCCGGGCAGCGCUUUUCCCCGCCCUGCACAACUCCGGCAGCGUCUCCCGCUCCGGUCUCAAGCCCUCCGCGCCUUGCUGAGGAGGAGGAGGAGGAGGAAGAGCAGCGGCAGAGCAGCGAGCGCGGAAGAUGGAGGUCUCCACGGACCAGCCGCGGUGGGUGAGCCACCACCACCCGGCCGUGCUCAAUGGGCAGCACCCGGACUCGCAUCACCCCUCGCUUGGCCAUACCUACAUGGACCCCACGCAGUAUCCUCUGGCCGAGGAAGUGGAUGUACUUUUUAAUAUCGACGGACAAGGCAACCCCGUCCCGCCGUAUUACGGCAACUCCGUGAGAGCCACGGUGCAGCGAUACCCCACGGCCCACCACGGGAGCCAGGUGUGCCGCCCCCCGCUGCUGCACGGCUCGCUGCCCUGGCUGGACGGGAGCAAGGCGCUGAGCAGCCAUCACAGCGCUUCCCCCUGGAACCUCAGCCCCUUCUCCAAGACCUCCAUCCAUCACAGCUCACCGGGACCGCUUUCCGUCUACCCACCCGCCUCCUCUUCCACUUUAUCCGCCGGCCACUCCAGCCCGCACCUCUUCACCUUCCCGCCGACCCCUCCUAAAGAUGUGUCCCCGGAUCCGUCCAUCUCCACCCCCGGCUCCACCGGCUCCACCCGGCAGGACGAGAAGGAAUGCAUCAAAUACCAGGUGUCCCUGGCCGAUACCAUGAAGCUGGAGUCCUCUCACUCUCGGAGCAGCAUGGCCUCUUUAGGAGGAGCCACCUCCUCCGCUCAUCACCCCAUCACUACCUACCCACCGUAUGUCCCAGAAUAUGGCUCUGGACUUUUUCCCCCCAGUAGCCUCUUAGGAGGAUCGCCAACCGGCUUUGGGUGUAAAUCGCGACCAAAAGCACGGUCAAGCACAGAAGGCAGGGAGUGUGUAAAUUGUGGGGCUACCUCAACCCCUCUGUGGAGAAGAGACGGCACUGGGCACUAUUUGUGUAACGCCUGUGGACUCUACCACAAAAUGAACGGGCAGAACCGGCCCCUGAUCAAACCCAAGAGAAGACUGUCGGCAGCCAGGAGGGCGGGCACGUCCUGUGCAAACUGUCAGACCACCACUACCACCCUGUGGAGGAGAAAUGCCAACGGCGAUCCCGUCUGUAAUGCCUGUGGGCUCUACUACAAGCUGCACAAUAUUAACAGACCCCUGACUAUGAAGAAAGAAGGAAUUCAGACCAGAAACCGAAAGAUGUCUAGCAAAUCCAAAAAGUGCAAAAAGGUCCAUGACAACCUCGAAGACUUUCCCAAGAGCAGCUCCUUUAACCCCGCCGCCCUCUCCAGACACAUGUCCUCCAUCAGCCACAUUUCACCUUUCAGUCACUCCAGCCACAUGCUGACCACACCAACACCGAUGCAUCCUCCAUCCAGCCUCUCCUUCGGACCUCACCACCCCUCCAGUAUGGUCACUGCCAUGGGUUAGCAAGAGACUCCCCUGCUGAAUGCUUACAGUCUCAAAAUGAGAUUUACUUUAUAUACUACUUGCAUUUUUGCAGGCGCGUGGUUAUGGGUCUGACGUCCCAAAUCAAAUGGGAGAGGGGAAAAAAAAGAAUUAAAAAAAAAAAAUUAAAAAAAUUAAAAAGGUUAUUUGAAGGCGUAAGAGAGAGAGAGGAAAAAAAUUAAAAAUGCAGAAAAAAACUACAAAAAGCACAAAAAA